AUGAGGCUCCGUUCUGUCGCUAUUGGCACCAGCUUGCUCGGUGCUACCGCAGUAUCUGCUGCGAAGAGCAGUUUACCAGUCGACAAGGUAUAUGGCACAAAUCUUGGAAGUUGGUUGCUGGUCGAGCCUUGGAUGCUCCCCAAUGAAUGGGUCAAUAAAAUGGGUGGUGACAGCUGCGAGUCCGAUUGUUCAUCUUGCGCAUACAGUGAAUUUGAUUUGGUCAAAAAGAUCGGCCAAGAGAGGGCUGAUAAAGUAUUUGAUGAGCAUUGGGCCACUUGGUUCACCGAGAAGGAUGCGGACAUUAUUAAAAACGCUGGUCUCAACAUGAUUCGAAUUCCUCUUGGUUACUGGAUCGUUGAGUCCCUUGUGGACCGCUCAACUGAGCACUACCCUCGUGGUGGGAUGAAGUACCUGAAGAAAGGUCUUCGCUGGCUCAAGAAAAGAGGUAUCUAUGUUAUGCUUGACCAUCAUGCGCUGCCGGGUGUGGCGUCUGCCAACCAGAUGUUUGCCGGGCGCUGUACUAGCGACGUCCAAUUCUAUACUCCGAAAAACUACAAACGUGCCUUAAUCUGGGCUGGAGUCAUGACAGCUAUGACCCACACGGACCCGGACUGGAGCAGUGUUUUCUCCAUCGAGGCUAUCAACGAGCCGGCUCGUGACGCCAACCAGACCCCCGGUUACGGCGAGUAUCAAAAGCAAUAUGUCCAGGUGGUUCGCCUAGUGGAAUAUGCGUUGGGAGUCCCUUGUCCAGACACUGAUUAUACCAAGAUUUUCCCUGAUUUAUCAUACUCGAAAUCAUACGACAAAGGCUUACCCGCGGUUGCUGCUCACAUUAAGGACAAGACCAUUCGCGACGUGCUGAUGGAAGUGCACAAAUAUAUGAAGUCCAACGCUGAGGAGUUCGGCCUCGGGUCUGAUAUCUAUGUCGAUAUUGAUGUCGAUGUCAAUCUAUCGUUUGGUGCCUCCACGUCGGAAGUUGAGAAGCGCGAGCCUGUGGAACCUGUCGUCCCUCACGGAUCCAGCUUGGAACGCCACAAUGCUCGUAGGCGCCUCCACCACGAGCACGGUCUCUCAGCCAGGUUAGGCAAGGAUGUAUGCCGCACUUGUCUGACUACUGUGUUCCAAAACAUGCAUUGGCAAUACAAUAACCCACCUAAUCCGGCUGAUGCCGCCAAUGGACCUCAGGCCUACGACGCACACCUGUAUUUCGCUUUCGGUGGUGUCGCGGACCCCAACCCUGAGUCAUAUAUGAAGACCAUAUGCAACACUAAUCGUGUUGCGAGGGCAAAGUCUGUCGGUAACUCUCCGCUGGUUUUUGGCGAAUGGUCGGUUGCUACCAACUUCAACGCCACUCCCGAGUUCUAUCAAGACUGGCUGGAUGCCCAAAGAACAAUCUACGCCGGUCAGGCCGAUGGCUGGCUGUUCUGGAGCUACAAGCUUGAGAAAGGAAAUAGAUAUGUUCCUGACAUGUCAUGGUCAGCCACUUACGAGGCUGGCUACUUUACGAAGGAUGAUCCUAGCAAACUCAAGAACCCGGAUGUAUGCAAACCUUGGAUAGCGAAUAGUACUACCACUGUGGCUUGA